AUGUAUUUUCUAAAUGCGAGAAUCGCACUCCUCGCUGUGGCGACUGCACCGUUGACGGCGGCAUGGCCGACUGCUAUACUGGAUGCUGCAGAACAUGAUCCCGAGUUGCUAAAGCGUGCGGAGCAAGAAGUAGCAAGGGCAAUGCAAGCAAGACAGAACAGUGCAAGCGCCGCCACAACUAUAUUCGAGCCCGUCCCCAUCUUCGAUGCAAAGGCACAGUACAUCGACGUCAGCGCGGGGAGCGGCCAUGAAUACGUUCCCCCGGGCCCUGACGACCUUCGGGGCCCAUGUCCCGGGCUGAAUGCUCUGGCAAACCACAACUUCCUACCGCACAAUGGCUACGCCACCGUAACCCAGUACGUCGAAGCGACGACCAAAGUCGUCGGCAUGGGUCCCACCCUCGCCCUCCUCCUCUCUGCUGUCGGCGGCGCCCUCAGCGGCGACAUCCUCAACUGGUCCAUAGGCGGCAAGCCCUCGCUCGCCCAGGCCGGGCUGACAGGCAUCCUGGGCAACGGACUCACGGGCUCGCACAACAAGUACGAGACCGACGCAUCGCCCACACGCGGAGAUCUAUAUCAAACCGGCAACAACUUCAACACGGUGCCUGCGCAGUUCCAGCAGCUGAUCGAUGCGUCGCCCGGCGGCGUCGUGACCCUCGAGAGCCUGACUGAGUUUCGCAGUGCGCGAGUGGAUGCGCAGCGGAAAUCCAAUCCGUAUUAUUUCAGUGGGCCAUUUGCCGGUGUGCUGGUGCAGCCGGCGGCGUAUACGUUUAUUUUUCGCUUCAUGGCAAAUCAUUCCGCGGAGAAUCCCGAGGGCGUGCUGCCGUAUCAUGUGCUGCAGUCGUGGUUUGGGAUUCAGGGAACAAGCGGAAAGUAUACUGCUGUGCAGGGUGGAGAGCGCAUCCCGAAUAAUUGGUACCGUCGUCCGAUAGCGUAUCCAUAUGACACGCCCUACUUUCUUGCUGACACCUUGAACGCUGCUGCUUUGUAUCCCAAGUUUCUUGAGAUUGGCGGAAACACCGGUCAACCUGACUCUUUCGUUGGUGUGGAUGUAGCAAGCCUGACCGGCGGUAUUUUCAGUUCUGCCAAUCUCCUCAAGGGAAAUAACCUGGCUUGCUUCGUCUACCAAGUUUCCGCAAUAGCCAAGCCCGAUAUCCUUCUUGGCCUGCUUACUACACUUCUCGAUGUGGUAAACAAUGCGGUUGCUGCUUUGAGCUGUCCACAGUUGAAGAAUUUUGAUCAGAGCGUGCUUAAGCAGUUUCCUGGCUACAACAGGCAGAAUGUGUACGGGUAG